UUUCUUCUGUUCCGCCUGUCCUCCUGCUUCCACUCCGUCUCGAACUCUGCAACAUCGAAGAGUUUUGUGCUAUCUUCUUAACAGCUUCUAUUUGAUCCAACUCCGAUCUACUUGAUAACUUCUUCCCCGUCAAGGACUCUCAGUCGCUUAUUCCACAUUUUGUGGCGCGUGAUUCUGCUUAACACUUCACUCUCUCUAAGCUUUCAACUCCAAUCAAUUUCUGGCAAAGAAUUCUAAAUUUCUUGAGCAAAACCAAUCAAAAUGAGUAAUCGAUCUAUGGGCAUCUUGAAGUUGAGUCUCGUUGCUGCAUCCUUCGGGAUCGGUGGGCUUGUUGCAGUGGAGCACUACAGCACUCAUUCCACCAAGAUGCACAAGGCACACGAUCAUGUGGAGCUUGCGAAGCUGAAGGAGGACGAGGGAGAACUUGUCCCCAAGGAUAUCGCAUACAUCAACAGUCACCUCAGCCCAUACGUCCGUGCAGAAGCUGGACAGCUGCGUGUUCGCAACUCCCACAACUAUUAUGGGCUUGCGUCGGGAGAGUACAUCAAUGCCGAUUCUGCAAAGCAUUAGCGGACGAAUGUAUUUACGAAAUUAGAUCAUGUCGUGUCGUGAUGGCUGUGUUUGUUGUUCCUGACUUGUGUCUCUGCUUCGAUGAGGUUUUUGCUUCUCACGUGUCGUAGGACGUCUAGUAUCGUUCACGUAGGUUCAGGAUGCUUUUUUGGGGUUUGAAGUAUCUGCUCGCUCACAAAUCAAAUAAAUGAAAAAGAAUAAUACUGCAACAGCAAUGCG